CCCCACCAAAACCGGCUGGAUGGGGUUUCUGGACGUGAACAGCUCUUGGCUCAGCAAAGAAUGCACAGUAUGAUCAACUCAGUGGAUGUCAAGUCGGAGGUUCCCGUGGGAUUAGAGCCUAUCUCACCAUUAGACUUGCGAACUGAUCUCAGGAUGAUGGUUCCCAUGGUGGACCCAAUUAUGCGUGAAAAGCAGCUACAGCAGGAACUGCUUCUAAUCCAGCAGCAGCAGCAAAUUCAGAAACAACUGCUGAUUGCCGAGUUUCAGAAGCAGCAUGAAAACCUGACCCGCCAGCAUCAGGCCCAGCUCCAGGAGCACAUAAAGUUACAACAGGAACUCCUAGCCAUUAAACAACAGCAAGAACUCCUCGAAAAAGAGCAGAAACUGGAGCAGCAGAGACAAGAGCAAGAACUGGAGAGGCAUCGCCGGGAACAGCUUCCUCCCCUCCGAGGCAAAGAAAGAGGCCGAGAAAGGGCGGUGGCCAGUACAGAAGUGAAGCAGAAACUUCAAGAGUUCCUGUUGAGUAAAUCGGCAACAAAAGACUCUCCAGCAAAUGGGAAGAAUCAUUCCAUGAGCCGCCACCCCAAGCUCUGGUACACGGCUGCCCACCACACCUCACUGGAUCAAAGCUCUCCACCCCUGAGCGGGGCCUCGCCACCCUACAAAUACACUUUACCAGGAGCACAGGAUGCCAAGGAUGAUUUUCCACUUCGUAAGACGGCUUCAGAGCCCAAUUUGAAGGUACGUUCAAGGUUAAAACAAAAGGUGACAGAAAGGAGAAGCAGUCCUUUGCUCAGGAGGAAGGAUGGAAAUGUCAGUUCAUUCAAGAAGCGACUCUUCGAGGUGACAGAAUCCUCCGUCAGUAGCAGCUCCCCUGGAUCAGGUCCCAGUUCCCCAAGCAAUGGUCCGACCAGCAGUAUAACAGAAAAUGAAACCCCAGUUUUGCCAUCUAACAUUCAAGCUGAGCAUCUGGUUUCACAGCAACGCCUUUUGAUACAGGAUGAAUCAGUGAACUUGCUGAGUCUGUACACGUCCCCUUCUCUGCCCAACAUUACCUUGGGACUUCCAGCAGUACAACCUCAAAUCAGUGGAGUCAGGGAGUGCUCCAGGAAAAGUAAUAGCUUCCCACUACUACAGGCUUCAUCGUCAUUCAAAGAAAAGCAGAAGGGGGAGACCCAGUCGCUCAGACAAGGAGUGGCCUUGGCUGGACAGUAUGGGGGGAACGUUCCUCCAUCCUCAACUCAUCCUCACGUUGCUUUGGAGGGAAAGCCAAAUAGCAGCCACCAAGCUCUCUUGCAGCAUCUGUUACUGAAAGAACAAAUGAGACAGCAGAAGCUUCUUGUGACUGGAGCAGUUCCUCUUCAUCCACAGUCUCCUUUAGCAGCGAAGGAGAGAGUCUCACCUGGCAUAAGAGCUGCUCACAAACUGCCUCGUCACAGGCCGCUGAAUCGAACCCAGUCAGCUCCUCUUCCUCAGAGCACUUUGGCCCAGCUGGUCAUCCAGCAGCAACAUCAACAAUUUUUGGAGAAGCAGAAACAGUACCAGCAGCAGAUCCACAUGAAUAAGAUGCUCUCUAAGUCCAUCGAGCAGCUGAAGCAGCCUGGCAGUCACCUGGAGGAAGCUGAAGAAGAGCUUCACAGCGACCACUCAAUGCAGGAGGAGCGAGGUCCCGCCAGCGGUGCCAGCGUUAGGGCUGAGAGCAGCGGCGCUGCCGUGGAUGACAGAAUAGGACAGCAGGUGGGGGCUGUGAAAGUCAAAGAGGAGCCACCGGACAGUGAUGAGGAUGUUCAAACCCAGCAAAUGGAAUCUGGGGAGCAAGCUGCUUUUAUGCAACAGGAGUUCCUGGCGCAUCGACGUGUCCACCAAUUGCAAAUCUACCAGGCUCACAUGGCUACAGUUGGCAUGGCAGGAUUAGAUAAACAUCGGCCAGUGUCCAGGAUCCCGUCUUCCCCCACUGACUCCACAUUACCUCACCCAGCCAUGGACCAGCCCAGCCAGCAUGUCUACACGACUGGAGUUGUGUAUGACAAUCUGAUGCUGAAGCACCAGUGCAUGUGUGGCAACUAUGCUAAUCACCCUGAACAUGCUGGAAGGAUCCAAAGCAUCUGGUCAAGGCUGCAAGAAACUGGGUUGCUAAACAAGUGUGAGCGAAUUCGAGGUCGAAAAGCCAGUCUGGAGGAAAUACAGCUGGUUCACUCUGAACAUCAUUCACUGCUGUAUGGCACCAGCCCCCUGAACAGACAGAAGCUGGACCCCAGGAAACUCCUAGGAAACGUGUCUCAAAAACUCUUUUCCUUGUUGCCUUGUGGGGGACUUGGGGUGGACAGUGACACCGUUUGGAACGAGCUGCACUCGGCCGGGGCGGCGCGCAUGGCGGUGGGCUGUGUCAUCGAGCUGGCGGCCCGUGUGGCCUCCCGGGAGCUGAAGAAUGGCUUUGCUGUUGUAAGGCCCCCAGGCCAUCAUGCUGAAGAAUCAACAGCCAUGGGGUUCUGCUUUUUUAAUUCGAUUGCAAUUACUGCCAAAUACUUGAGAGACAAGCUAAAUAUAGGCAAGAUAUUGAUUGUAGAUCUGGAUGUUCACCAUGGCAACGGUACACAGCAGGCUUUUUAUGCUGACCCCAGCAUCCUGUAUGUUUCCCUCCAUCGCUAUGAUGAAGGCAACUUCUUCCCCGGCAGUGGAGCCCCAAAUGAGGUUGGAAGUGGCCCUGGUGAAGGGUAUAACAUAAAUAUUGCUUGGACAGGUGGCUUGAAUCCUCCUAUGGGCGAUGUUGAGUAUCUCACGGCAUUCAGUGACAGAAUUACAGAGUUACAGAAUUACAGAAUUACCUAACUAAGCGGGGAGGAGGCCGAGGAAAUGCCAGACAUCCUCAAUUUCAAGCGAAAAAUAAGGUACAAAAUUGAGAGAUUUUCUCUUCAUACCUGCUCCCCAAUGGACAUAGGGUAUUGGUGAAGGUCCUCUCCAAAAUAACCAAGAUGUGAAUAAAUCUGCAGAUGGGGAGAGCUGAGACUUCCUGCUUUCUGGCUGCCUCAAGAGUUUAAUCCUUUGAGUUCUUAGGAACUGAGAAAUUUGCAUUAAAAUCAUCUAAAGCUCCCUAGGGGGUUCACAUAACCUUCACUUUCUCACCAGCAGAGCCCUGGUUUCUUCCUGGAAUUGCACCAAGCACGUAUUUGAAGUGUCAACAGCCAUGACACUAGGUAGCUCAUUACUGCUUGAUUGACUGUCAAAUUUCACAGCAGAGAUCCUUCUGAACGAUAAUAUCCACAGAAAUAGAGACCAAGGCUUUUUUCUGCCUCUAGAGUUCUGCCCAUAAUCACAUAUUACAUAUGAUGAAGUAUUUGGUAUCAGAUAUAUUGUUCUUAGGCCAGAAAUUAUUUGUAGAACAGUAUAAGCAUUUACACACAUACAGAGAUAGAGAUAGAUUUAUAGAGAUAGAGACAGAUAUAGAUAUAGAUAUAGAUAUAGAUAUAGAUAUAGAUAUAGAUAUAGAUAUAGAUAUAGAUAUAGAUAUAGAUAUAGAUAGAUAUAGAUAUAGUUAUAGUUAUAGUUAUAGAUAUAGAUAUAGAUAUAGAUAUAGAUAUAGAUAUAGAUAUAGAUAUAGAUAUAGAUAUAGAUAUAGAUAUAGAUAUAGAUAUAGAUAGAUACACAUAGGUAGCUGAAUAUUAGUCAUUUUCCAGUGCAUAAAUAAUUAGAUAAACCUAUUUUAAGUAAAUCUUGUUGAGACUGAAUGAGAUUCUACCUUACUCUUCCCUCAAACUGUCCAAGAAAGUAUUUCUGUUUCUUCAGGAAAAAACAACUGUAUGUGUAAAAAUGCAGAAAAUUUGAAGAUGAGUUAGAGGCAUAACACAGAAAAAUCACCUCAAAGGCAUGGUGAGUGAGUGGCUCCUGUGAGACUCUAGUGGGCAACAGGAAAAAAUGUGGUGCUGGUUUGUGUCUGCCAUUUUGACUUCAGUGCUUCAUGAAGAGUCUUUGUUGUAUUUUGAAAAUAACUCUAGUGCAAAAUCAGAUGUAAAUAGCUGUAGCCAGUUUGGAGAUGAAGAUUGCUCUUUCAUGUAUAAAGGAAUGUGUUUUCCUUUCCAUUUCUUUCCCAUUUCUUCUAAGAUAAUAUGUUUGCUUAUGUUAACUACAAGAAGGUAGUAGGAGAGAAGUUUCUGUAGAAUGGAAAGUAAGUGCAGUAAUCCAAUCUAUAUCUUUUAAUUUUGCAGGAAAAAUUUUGUCUGAUGUUCACCCUAGUAAAGCAACUGGUCUAGCUACAAAAAUCCUUGAAAGAAUGUUCUUUUUCUAAAGGGCAGGAAGCUCUUCUUUUCCACUAUGAUAACAAAAAAGCACAGCUCUUUUCCAUUAUUUUCAAGGCCUGGUGUAUCUUUCUCUAUAGAGAGUUUUUUUCGUCAUUUACUUCCACCUAUUCAGAUUAAAUUUGUGUUAAUCUCUUUGAAAGCAAUAGAAGAUGGUGACUAUUUUCUAAGAGGAUGAUUCUACGCUGGAGUUUAUGAGGAUAUAAUCCACUCUCCUCUGCCAACAGUUAUAGAAAAAUAAGAGCAAUAGUCAACUACUAAUGUUCAAAUAAUUAUUUUCAUAAGCUCCACAUAAUACCAGAUGUGCUCAGUUAAGCAGGCAGCAGAGGCUCAGGUCUGUGUUGUACAUGCACAUAUGUAUGUAUAUGUAGUUGGAGUUUACAGAGGACAGAAGAAAUGUGUUUCCAUAGAGCAAAAUAUAGAAGACACAGGAGGCAGUGGAAAAAAAUGUGUGUGUGUUCAGAAGAGGGAGAGAGAAGCAAGAGACAGAAAGAAACUGGGUUGUGCCUUCCAACUGCAUUGCUUUGAUUCAACAAAGGAGCUGUAAAUUUAGCUUAACCAGCCAGUAUGCUCUGGCUGCUUUGCUCUACUCCAGAGUAGCAUAAAACAGCCACAGCAUAUCAAUGAACCUGGCCAUAAAAGCUUACAUAAAAUGAAAUAUGUGUGUGUUUCUUGGAAUGAUUAGAAAUAGCUCGUGAUAAUAUUAUCUUUGAGUUCAAUUUUUAGCAGUCGUAUGUAUGAUUUUAAUUUAAGAAGGUGAGCAAAUUCAAAAGACAUAGGUGACAUUAAGACAGAGUUAAGGAUGAACUAUGUUAAUGAUCUAAUUUAAAAGAUGACACAAAAUGUAUGAUUACUCCAAAAUAAUGUUUUUAAACAAAGAGAGUUCAAAAUUAAAAUAAUGCUUCAAGCCUCAUAUGUUAAAGUGUAAAAAUGAAAUAAAAUUAAAUAAAACAAAGGUGUGCAGAAAACCUUUGCUCUGUCUUACAAUCCCUAGUGCUUGUUCUGGGAGAAGAUAAAUAUGUUUAAAACUCUUUGUAUUCUAAUCUCUGAUCAAAAAUAUCAAGAAAUAUUCAUUGUAGUCUUGUGGCCUUACAGGGCAUAGUUAAUGUUAUUUGAGAGAUUACACUAAUGUGUACCAACCUUUUUUUUUUUUUUUGUCUUAUCUUUGUAUUUCCUGAUCUGAUGACAUUUAAUUUUGACAUUUCACAUGAAAAACUUUGUAAAUGUAUUUUUGUUGUUUUUCAAAUGUAUUCUCCUUGUUAACUCUGUUUCAGCAUAGGUACUAACUAUUGUUACAAUUUCAUACAUAAACCGUAAAAAGCAUACUCAAAUGUUUCUAUGUUUCCAUUAUGAUUUUUCACCUAAGUAUACAUAGAUAGUAUCUAUUUGUACAUGUUAAUUUAAUUUUCCUGUAAAUUUUACUUAUAAUAACUUUUUGUACACUAAGGAAUUGGAGAUAAGAACUUUAAUAAGUUUUAUGUAUCCUGUUGGUAUUCAGUUUCAUGAUCUUAGGUAUGUGUGCAUGAAAAACAUAAAUUCUUUCUUUUAGCUCAAAUCACUAGUCUUCUACUUUUGUUAAAUGUCCAUUUGUUCAUGUACUACAUGUGUAGAUGAGGUGCACAUUCUUACCUACACAUAUUUAUUAUUUUAAAUACAUUUGCAUUAUCUGUGUCAUGUCCUUUCCUGUUUUUCUUGUCUCAAAAUACAAUAUUUCCGGUCUUUUCAAUCUCUUUUCCUCUAGAAAUGUAUCCAGUUGCCAAAUCAUUUUAAUUGCUCAUCUCUGAAGCUCUGCUGGUUUCUAGAAAUGAGCUAAAUACACCACAUGAGGGCGAACCAUCGAUUUAUAUUAUUUUUAAUAUUAUUAUGCCUUUCUUUGACAUCAUUAUUCUACAAUAUUGUAUAACUCUCUGCCUGAGUAGAAACCUUGGUUUCUGAUAAACAUAGUAAAGGAAUGUAGGAGACAAAAAUAUACAUUUUUCCUGGCUGUACCUAACUAUUUACAGUAGGUCAUAGAACAAUGGUAUAUUGCGAUAAUAUUUAAUGAAUUCCACUCAGAAUAGCUUUUGAGGAAAAAGUUUCUUUCAACAGUAAUUCUAAAUACCCAUAGCUAUUAAUGCUAUUAUUUUUUUAUGACAGUAAUGUCCAGAGGCUGCUUCCGAGCCUAUUUUACACUAGACUGAAAAAUAUGGUAAGACUUGGUUUCUGGUUCAAAUGUGAAGAGAUAAAAAAACAAAAGUGUGGGAGAAGAAAUAAAAAAGCUAAGUUAGCAGCUCAGUCUCAUGAGUCUAUAAAGGAAGUAGAAGCAGACAGAACUACCUUCUUCAGAACUUGAAUCUGUUGUGUCAUCAGUGGACUCUGCUGACAAUAGCCUCAGACUAGCAAAAUGCCAUGUUUAUCUUUACUAACAGAAACAAAUUAUGCAUUUCUCAAUAUUUCUCAAUAUUUUACUUUACAAUAACUGGUAAAGAUUAUCCCAGUAGUUGUUGUUUCUCUAGUCUAAUGCUGACAGCAGUGCGUUCAACAUUUCAGUGCUUAAAGAGGAAGGCAGAUAUCUGAGUCGUAUCUAUGAGAGGCAGAGGAUGACUUACCCAAAUGUAGAUGGGCAUUAUUAAGAGUGCUAAUUGUCCAAAAUCCUUCUGCAUUGUCAUGGGCGUAGUACUGCUCUUAUGAAGAAAAAUACAGCUGAACAGAACAGAGUCAUGGAAGCUCUGGGAAAUCUAUGGGAUGGUUUCUGUAUGGAUGUAUAUAGUUUGCUUUCAGUCAUGCACAGCAUUCUGUGGAGUUGUAAGUUACAGUUUCAAUCACUUCUGUAUUUCUGAUUUUGUCCACUUCUUCCAAGUGUUUUUAAAUGAUAAGCAUUUCAACUGGAGAUGUCUUUCUUUUCUCUUCUGCCAUAGAAAAUGUCUUAAGAGAAUUUGAAGAAAGGUACUCCAAACAGCUAUAAAAAGAUGACUUAAGAGUGCCUCAGCAGUUCCUUUUGAAGAAGUUUGAAGAAGCUAGAAGUUUACUUGGAACAAUAUUUUUUAAAUCUGCUUAAUUUUAAGUUUCAUAUGUAAAAUAAUAUGUAGUCCUGAAGAUUUGUGGGUUUUGUAUAUUUUUUUUAAUAUGGUAGUGGGUUUUUUGUAAAAAUGGUAAAUUUUCAUGCUUUUUUCUUGUUUCUUGCCAAAUUUUCUGAUAGUCCUUAGGAAACAGAGAAGCAGAGUUAAAAGCAUUUGAAGCACUGGUACAGUAUAAACAGCUUUACAAUAUUUCGUUAUACUUCAAAGUUCACCAUAAAACUAAAACUGGCAACACUCUUUAUAACCUGCAACCUCUUGUUCUUCCUACUUGUUUAUUUUUAUUUGGAAAAAUCUAACUUGUUCUCAGCAAACUACCUUAAAUUUUCACCUUUAAUAUACCAGGAUUUUAAAAAACUGUAUAUGAUACUCCUUUCAUUCAGGAGAACUACAAAAAUGAAACCUUUCAUUACAAAAAUUAAUUAGUGUCGGCUUACUUUUCUACAGAUGCACAGUUUCUUUUAUUGACAUGGCAGAGUAGGGGGUGGAGGAGAAAGGAUAAUAAAAUAUGGCAUGUGUCAGGUUUAUGUGGUUCAGGUUAAAAACUAUUUGAUUAAAACCCCAAGCCAUACAUGGUCUGUAGUUUCAAUGUACUGAAAAGGACCUGAGCUCUUUUCCAAUAUAACUAUUUUCCAAUUUUUGUCAGGCCAGAAAGAUGAAAGAAUAGAGGUGGAUGGAUAAAGAAUUGCCAUAUUGUCAAAUACUUCGAUGGAAAGGUGAGAAAUAUUGCCAGAAACAUCCUGGAAGAAAUUAAACAGCAGCAAGAAUACAGAAGAUAUUUUUAUCCUAAAAGCCAAAAUAUCCGUGGCAUUUAGAUGGAGAUAAAUUUCAGAUCUGAAUUAAAAGUACUACAGCAACACUGAGCAAUUGUGUACACGUCCGGCACCAAUUUUAAUUUUCUUGCUUUAUAAUAACUUUUGAGAACUAUACUCUAGCCUGUAAAAAAUAUCCACAUGUUCUCUGCUGGAACAGCUCCAGACUGUAACAGAACCACUAGAUUGCACCCUGGUGCUUUAUGUAUUGUUUAAUUGUUUUCCUUUGGUGGAUAUUUUUAUUAAAAGCCCAUUAUCCAGAAUCAGACAGAAGUGUUGUUUCAAGAACAGCAGAAACAGAGGCCUUUCAGCUACACAGUUCUUAUUCAUGCUUUCUUUAGCCAGCUUAGCUAAUGAGACCUCCACUAUUCUUUUAAUACUUAGAGAAGAAAAAGAAAUGGGAAGUUUUCUUUUGCUCCUUUCAAACAUAAGCAGGAUUGCAAAGAAGUAUUGUGAGGUUCUGGGUGUACUCACACACCUGUGUCUCAGUAGAAGAUUGUGUGGGUACCUCCAUGGCAUGCCUAGAUGUUCUCGUGCUUUUGCUCCAAUAAAUCUUUGUAGAUAUUUUUUAAUUUUAGUGAUUUUGUGUACCUGUGCUACACUUUGCCUGUAAAGUAAUUGAGUUAAAGGAACAAGUCUGUCUUUUUUCAUAGAAAAUGUAUUCUAGCAAAUAAAACUCAAAUAGUUCUGAAGAAAAACAGAAAAAUUUGGCAAGAGCAAGAUUUUGAAAUCCUGAAUUAUGGUGAAUAGAACUGUGCUCAGUGCUGCAAGAUCUUAUGAGGUUUCUUGUUACUGGAUGCUGUUGGAGCACCAACUCGUAUUUUAUUACUUUUAAAAGUCAGCUUUUAGUCUUGUGGAGAGAUGUUUGAAACCAUGAAAACAUAAAGGUCUCAAAAAUAGAUAUCUAAUGAAAAACUUCAGGGAGGUCUAUGACUCAUGAUUAUGUGGUGGUAGCAGUACUGCUUGGGCCACCAGUAAUCCCAUUAAAUCAAUGCAGCUUCUUGAAGAAUAAGUUGUUACCCAGUGUGAGGGAAUCCAGCAGACUUCAGACUCCUAGACAUUAGUUGUUUCUUACAGGCAGUGUAAGAAAAAAUGCUGUUGUGCAGUGAUUUACCAUGUUUGGCAUAUUUGUAUAUUUUUUUCCUGCAAAGUGGAGGCUGUCCUGUGAUCACAUAUGCUAAGGUCUGGAUUUAGAAGUAAAUGGAUCAUUUAUGUCAUAAGCUAAUGCAGGUCUCAGUUGUGCACACCAGCAUAACUCCUGGCUUAGAUGUAGUUAUGUAUACAAAAUAGUAGCUUCUUGCAAAAGUCAUUGUUGAAAGAGUUCAUGAAAACAUUUAAUGCAAUUAGCCCAUCAGGUCUCUAAGAUUAUAUACAAGCACUUUCAUGUGUUGUUAUGCCUUAAAAUAAGCUUUUGAAUAUUUCUUUAUCUGAUUCAUAUGUUUACCUACCACAAGCAGUCUAGUCAUAUUUAUAUCAGGUAUUAAAAUAAAGUUACAAAAAAUAUUAAUGAAAUUAAUUAAUUUAAUUAAUUAAAAAGUAAUGAAAAAUGAAACGAAACAAAUUACAGCACAGUAUAUACCAGGUUGAAAAUAGCUAUUUCUGGGAUGCAUACCAGACGAUAUAAGGUGGAGGGCUGAAGGGAAGGUGCAACUUAUUUGGUUCUUUUCUCCCUGUCAGUAAGUUGAUCAGUCUCUGCUGCUUUCUCCCUCCUGUGCAUUGCUAAAUAGAGAUGACUAAAGACAGCAGUUCCAGUAAGUAGCAACUGUCCGUGGUUUUGACAUGUGAUUUUCCUCUACACUGGAACAAAACCAAAACUGUUUGAAAGUUUCCAAGAAAACAACUAAGUGUGUGUUUCAAACCCUUUCAUGACAAUGUUCAUCUCUAGCUUCAUUGUGAGGGCAUCAUUCGAGGAAGAAAAAAAACUGAAGUGAGAAAUCCCACCCCUGAAUGAUUGAAAAAAAAAUAUUGUCCCCCAUCCUCACAAAUCAGGGACUUGAACCUGACCUCAUCACAUCUGAAGUUAAUGCCUCUGCUGUCAGACUAUGUGUAAUUUUUUUCCACCCUCACUCUUAAAAGGAGUCUUCCUCUGAAAAACAGCUGUGAUGCACCUCUACGAAAAGAUUAUGUUUUGGUAAAUGAGUACAUUUCUCAGAAAAGUUACAGUUCUAAUCCUGCAUUAUUAGGCUGAUAGGAGAGCAGGGGCUAAUUACCUCCCUAACCAAUCCAGCCCUCCUACUUCUCCAAUCAAGAUGUUUACUGAUUAAGAAAGUAUUGUUUUUAAACCUUUGCAAGUGCUUCAAAAGGUUGCCCAUCUUUUUCAAUAUAUUUCUUGUUGAAACUGCAUGCAAAGCCAGCAAAAGAAACACAGAGUUUGUAACAGCUUAAAGACUGUGAUUUCCAACUGAUCAAGAAGGUGGUGAUUUCAUUCUUACCCUAUACCAUCAGAUGGGCCACUGCUAACAAGUAUUAGCUGCCCCUGAUAGUGAAAAUACGCAAUGGAUGAGCAUUCUUGAGUUAAUUUUUACUUGCUCUGUGUCAGGUUCAGUCUUAGGCCCCGAUGUAAAAAAUCACUAAACAAACCAAGAAAUUUUUGUAUUGCCUUUUGUGGUCUUGCAAAGCAAAUUUAAGAACUUCCAGGUACUGGAAAUACUUUUCCAAUAGUACCAAACAGUAGAAAUAAUUUUCCAAUACAGAAAAUACUCUCACCUCGCCUUUUCCUUUCACAUUUUUCUCUUGGAGUCAUAAUUUGACUACUCACCAAAUUCUUCACAGUAGCACUAACUCCCCUUUUCCUCCCACAUCUCUGUCCUGUGCCUCUGAUCACCAAGUUGCUCCUCAUCUGUUCUUCUCAAACUCUUUUGCUGGCACCAAGGACUCAUUCUUUUUCAUCUUCUGGUCUACUUGGAACAAAAUCUUUUCUUGUUUUUUUCUGUUUGACCUCCCAUUCCCCUCAAUAGAGGUUCUUGUCCCUUGUGAUACUAUCUUGUCUCAUUGAAAAGAAAAAGUGCUUUGAAGCUGUCUAUCAUCCUGCCUCUUAUCUCCUUCUCUGUCCCCAGGACCACUGAGUGUACAGAUCGCUGUCUGUCCUCUGAUUCAUUUCUAGACCUUCUCCAAAAUAGCAUCUCAGCCUUCCUUUACUCUGAAACCAUUCUGAGUAUAAACUCCACCCAGCCCAAAGCUCAGAGUCUAUAUUUCACCCUUAUUUUCCAUAGGCUGUGUGUCAUCCACUUUUAUUUACCCUGGUGAUCUUUGUCUUGAAAAUUUAUCCUUCCCUGGAUUCCAUGCUUGGUAGUCCCUGGCCUCCAUCCAGCAUUUCACAUAGCUCCUUCAGCUUGUCUCUUGGAAGAAUCAACAUUUUCUUGCUUGAGCUUUCUUCAGUGAUUCCAUGACAUUCUGCUUGUGGUCUUGGUCCUAUUCCAUUGUGUCUGCUCGGGGACAGUUCAACCACAACACAAAUUCAAUUAUUUUUUUGUCAGCCAACUAAUUCUCUGUUUGAAGUAUUUCUCCUUUGUGCAGUAUGAAAAUGUAUAGCAACUUUAUGGUACACUAAUUUAGGAAAUCUGUCUUUAGCUCAAGCUCGACUUUACCAAACUUUUACCCCCAAGACAUUCCUGCUGCCACUCUCUAUAGACAGAUCUGUCUUUCUGUCUGUCACUCAGACAAGUUCUUGUGUUACCUUUGACCUUCUCUGUUGGAAGUCACAACCCAGCAGUGUCUAAAUUUUGCAAAUUCUUUCUGUAGCAUGUCGGUGAAAUACAGAAUAUACUACCAUUCCAACCAGCAAAAGUGAUCUCUAAGCUUCUGCCAUUUUGUUUAUUAUUGCAAUGUCAUUCUCAGAACACACCUCUGAAUUUUAUUUUCCAGAGCAUGAUACCAGGUACAGUUUCUGCUUUUUCUGGUGAUAAUGUUCAUACUUGUCGGGUAUUCUCAUAAACAGUUACAAAUCUACUUCAUUAGCCUCCUUGAAAUCAUUUCUAUUUUGCCACAUUGCCUCCCACAAAACUCGAUAGUAGUUAUAUUCCUAUACUGCUAAGAUUGCUUCUAAUGUUCUAGCUUUUACAGCUUCUGCCUUUAGUUCCUCAAGUCCCCACAGAGUCUAUACACAGCAGACAUCUUUUUAUUCCCUUUUUGCAGUGUCUUAUGCAAUGGGGCUUUGGUUUGUGACAGUGCCUCCUAUGCAUUGUGCUAAUAUAAUUUUGUUUGUUAUAAUUAAGGAUAAUAGUAAGAUGUAAGGAGUUAAAAGUUUACUUUGGCAUAUACUGUAAGUUAUUCCUCUCCUCAUCAUGUUGCAUGAUGGUAUACAACCCCAAUACUGGUGAUGGUGGCUGCAUGUGAGAAGUGGGGUCACAUGAGCUGGUGCACUCACUGGCACCAAAGUUGGAAUCAGGUCCCCUGAUCUGAUGCAAAAGGGCGUGUCUUCCCAGGGCUCAACAGAGGGAGAUGGAAGAAUUGAGUCCUCUAGCCCAGUUGAAAGACAUGUAGUUCUUUGUCUUUUAUGCAAAUUUGAAUGACCAGAAUUUAUUUGUGACAUGGUGACACAGACCUGUAUUAUGGAACUGUUCUUUGUCAGCUGAGACAUGUGGGUGUGCUACUGGUGAGAUCGACUCCUUCCCCAAACAGAUUUUGGAAGUGCGAUCCACCCUCUGUCCACCCAUCUCAGGAGCACAGAUAUUGCUCAAUAUCCUUUCCACAGUGUCUAAGAUCUCAUUAAGCCCAUGAACAUAUGUGUCUUGUUGACAUCUGGGGAAACAUAAUGAUUAUCAACAAAAUGUAGGGCUUGUUGCACACUGUAUCACUUCAAACACAAUAAGGUUAUUAAGGUUUAAUUACAUAAGAAACGGUAUACAAGUUUUGCAGGGUCGUAGAACAUUACUUGCAGAAUUUAAGCAAGAUAUAAGAGUUUCCUAAGUUUCUAUUUUAAUUUCCAGCACUAUUCUUUGCAAACUAAAUAAAUUACUGCAUGUAUUGGACCUCUGAGGCUUGGGGCAAAGAAUGGAAAAAUUAUUUACAAAAGCUCGAAAAUAUUUAAUCACUAGAGGCAGGGGGCAACUGUGUUUUAAUUAGCAGUUCCUCAGGCCAUUGGCUAGCUGGAGGCUUUCUCAAACAACCACACAAACGCACUGAAUAGCUGUUUGCCAGCCUUAGGGUCAGGCCUGAGAUGAAACAGAUAAGAUAAUUGGCUCUAAUGAAAUCCAGAAGGCCUUGGCUUUCUUGUUUGAGCUUGGAUUUGAAAAGUGCGUGUGGAAGUGAGGCUUAAUUCAAACCAGCCCUGAACUAGGCCCGUUUUUCAGUGACUUUGAUAUUGUUUGAAGUUCUGAAAGUGUUCGCCACACCACUAGCCUGCUGGGCUGGGCCUCCCCGGUCACCUUAAUUACUGAGCUUUAUUGCUGACUUUACUACACAGGAAAGGAGCCAUUAUAUGUUCCAUCAACAUCAGCUCUCCUCAGAUUGGAGGAAAGGGCAGGGUGAAAGGCCACUGUAGGAAGGCAAAAACUUCACUUUGAGGUAGUCAGAUCAUUUACCCGUGUUAAAUUUCACUGUGCUAUGUGUGUACAUUCCUCACAACACAGAAGCCCAAUUUCCAUUUUUUUUUUAGCAAGUGAUUACUUUUCAAAACAUUUUGUUUGUGUCUGAUUAACAGAAGGGGACACUUAUUCUUAGAGGUGGAAAGAAGGCAAAUUGUAACAAACGCCUAAUUAAUCAUCACAGGGGAAAGAAAUCUAGUUAAAAUCUGUAAUAAAGAGAAAUUGUUCUUAAUGCUUCUUUGAAGUGGGAAUAAGUGAGGAAACCCCUAUGGUGUGUUUGCAGACCUGACACCCCACAGAACCGACUCCUUACAGCCAGCCUGAUAUCUUGAGGGUAACUUGUAAUGUGCUCUCCAAAACCAGAAAGGCUCCUGUGAAAUACUGUAAGGGCAAGCAACAACUGAGGUAUUCUAGCAAUGCUAGUUGUGAGUUAUUCUCUUCAGGAUAAUUACUUUCAGAGUUUGGUCCUAAUCUUUUUAGCUGUUCCAGCUGGUGGUGCUGCUGGGAAAAAACAAAACAAAACAAAACAAAACAAAACAAAACAAAACAAAGCAAAACAGGCUGAACUUGUGUUCCUGAAUGGCUUUUCAAAUCUAGACAAUCGAUAGGAGGAGGGACAUGUCUCAGGAUUCAGGAUCCAGUGUCUGGGGCCACCGAGGUCCCUGGGAAGGCUGCUGUCAGGAAACCUGGGACAGAUCCUGCAAAUGCUUAAAUGUGUGGCUGGAUAUAUUUGCAUGUUAACUCAUUAUUAAGUCAAUCAGACUACUGGCCCAAGUAAAGUUACACAUGUGCAUUUAUGUUUGCAGGAUUGGACCUCCCGAGACCAAUGAAAGUGUAUAAUAUUGGCCAAUUUGGGCCAGAUCCCAUAUUACCAACACUAGCACAUAAUAAAAGAAAUGAUGAAUAUUACUUGUUAGUGGGAUUGAAACAGUGAAGUUCAGAUCAAGAUACACAAACAUUUUUUCCAUGAGCUCGGCAGACAAACUAGAGAGGACUGAAAAAUCAGUUCUGAUGCUGUUUACUCUGUGAAUUUGUAUUUUUUUUCAUAGAGCUACUAUUUCUGUUUUUCUUAAAAGCUUAAAAAUAUCUUGGAUUCCUUCAUAAAAAUUAGAAAUGUCACAAAGAUACAUUCUGCAGACUAUUCAGUCCUUUCCUUAAGGCAACAUUUUUUCACAAAAAAGUCUUCUGUAAUUUGAGAUAGUUCCAGUUUAUGUUAUUUUAUAAAUAAUAUGUAUGCUAUAAUGCAAAUUUUAUGUAUGUAUAGCUAAAGAUUUUUUAACACAAAGGGCCCUUAUUCAAGAAAUCUGAAAGCUUCUUGUUUUCUUCCCUUUCAUAUGGCCUGUCAUUUUAACAUAUUUUAUGUUAAUAGAAUGGCAAGUUGGCGAUAUGUUUUAAAGAAAAGCAGCAGGUUUUAAUAUUUUUAUCAACAGUUUGUGAAAUUUUAACCUCCUAAACUCCUAGCCAGCAUCACAGGGAGCUGCUUAUAUUUCGAUGUAUAUUUUAUUAGCACUAAUUAGUCUCUCUCUAAGCUGAGAAAAUAUCUUUUCAAAUCAUCAUAAUUCAUUACAAUUAUCAGAAUUUCGCUUCUAAUUUCGCUUCUAAUUUCGCUUCUAAUACUACAGGUUGUUUUGUGAGAAAAUAGUGGUGUAGGUGUCAUAGUGUGACUAUUCUUAUAAGCAAUGUUUGCACAUGAGUAGAUGUUCUACUCUUUAUUAAACAGAACAUUUUGUUUACUCUCAUUUUUUAUAACUAAAUAAAGAGACAUAAACUGCCUUUUGAUAUCAUGCUACCUAAGAGGUAGUUUGGGCCAUUAAUGUUGUAAGACAUAAUCCUUAUCUGACUGUACUUUCAGCUACAUUCACAUUUUGUGGAGGCUAAUGUGAUUUAGAGAUUUAUUAUUAUGCUAUAAUAAUAUUAUGGUAUAUUGGAAAUGAUUUAUUGACUAGGAGAAGUGAGAUUAUAUACUCUAUUAGUGAUUUAAUUCAUACCUGGAACAUAUGCCUACUGCUGUCUUCAACAGAAGAAAUAGAAUUAUAACAUCUACUGGUGAUUUAAUUUAUAGGGUAAAAUUAAACUUAGGUGAGUGUGUAAGACAAGCAGGAGAUAAUGAUUGAGGAAGCAUUUUAGUGCAGGAAAAAAUUCCCUGGAUGUUUAUACCACUUAUUCCUAAGGUUUUGAACAAUGUUUUUAAAGUAGUACAAUGCUUAUUACCAAAAAAUUUUUUUUUAAUAGGUAGGGAGCUCAGAGCUACACAGUUACAUAAUUUUCACCUCACUUAAAAUUGCUUGAAAAAUCUACAAUUUAAUAAAGAAGCCUAACAAUAAUCAUCAAGUAACCAUGACCUGACAUAAUGUUGUUGUGUUGGGCAUUUUCAAAACACUAUAGAGACCACACAGUAAAUUGCUGGCUGAGACAUAAGUGAAUUUUGAGCUUCUUUACUUUCACUAAUUCUGUACGUUUCUGCCUCUUUAAAGUGACACAUCUAAAAAAAUGGCUGUUAGAUGUCAUCUUUCUCUGUAUCUGUCUGCUCUCCUGUUAGAAUUUAAAGGUAGAUUUUGAUUCUGCUUUUAAUUAUUCUUCCUUUAUAUCAUUUUAGAAUGUGUAAAGGAGAGGUAAAUUGAACCACUUGGGUUCAGUAAGUCACUUUUAGAUGCAACGACCAUGACGUAUGUUUUGGCAGCACUGCAUUCUGUUGUUCAUUACAUUUUUUUUACACUCUUUGAUAACAAGGGGGUAACUGGAAGAUAAAUACCACAAAGAACACUUAAUUCAAUGCUGGAUGCUUUACCUGUUUAUGUAAUCAUAGAUUACUUUCUGGCAUCCUUUACCCUGAUAAAGCAGACAGAAAGAGUUAAUAAGGACAUUACCUACAUAAGUUAUAUACAUGUGGCUUUUUGAGUGUGACUGUUCAUUGCUGUAGUCAGUAACAACAUGGGAAUAAUUCACUGCAGAGAACUGUCACAGGGGAUGCCAUAGGUAUGUAAUUCGUUUGACUGAGGAAUUCAACUGGGAUACAUUUCUCAUAUCAUGGCAUAUGCUAUAUUCUCAUAGAUUACUUUCAUGUGAUGUGGGAGAUCAAAGGAUUGUACUCUGUGAGUACAAUAAACUUGAAAAGAAUAAAAGGGAAUAAUGGUGAAAUAUCACAUAAACCAAACAGGAGCUGAUACAAUUUGGAGAAAAUAACAAUUAGAGGAAAAAUGAGGUCAGCAUGCUUCUUUAUUGUUCUUGGUUGUGGUGUGAAGUCUUGCACCUGCUUGUUAACAAGGUCAGAUUUAGGAUUAAGAAAAAACAGGGAGUGAUUUUAGUUGCAUAUUUUCUCCUAAUAGCUCUGUUUCCUUAAUUUAAUUCAUAUGUACAGUAUUCCAAAAUAACUACAGUGAUUGAUAGUGCUGUAAUAAAACACAGGAAAAUACACAGAAAUUGAACGUUUCUUUAAAAAUGUAAAAGACUUCCCAUUGCAUUCUAUUUAUUAUCAUGCUUUAAACAGAAGUGAAAUUCUGUUCUAACAGUAACAUGGAGAAUUACUUUGAAUUUGCAGUCAAUACUAUCUUAGAUGUUUUGAAAAAUGGACUAAUAGUUCACACAUUUUAACUUAAAAAACAUGUAAUUUUUUAUUUAAUGGAAGCCAUUGUGUAACUGCAGUUCCAUAAUAUCUGUGGCGUAUUAGGUUGUGUAAGGAUUGUGAAAUUAACAAAGUGCUAAGUUCCAUAUUGCCCACGCUGCUUAUGAAUACUAUUACUCUCGGUAAAAUCCAGAUAAGUAUUCUUAUAAUUAUUGUAACAGUAUUAGCUGCCCAGAUCAGACUAUGAUUUUUGCACUGAAAAAGCAGCACUGUGCAAGUCAUUGAGAGGAAACAGAAGGUUCAGCCUGCUGUGUAGAAACAAUUUGCAUUAGCACCCUAAAGGAAAAUGUGGAAAGCAGCCAUACAUUUUCAGAUCUUAGUUGAAAAAUUUAGUUCUACAGAUGUGAUUCACUUCCUUAUGUCCUUUCUGCUUUGAACAUGAAGAAAAAUAUUUUAUAUGUGGAAAAAAGAACCUUGAGUUCCUCUGCUGUCUGCCCAGGGGUACCUUAAGAUUGAAAGGAGAACAAUGUUAACGGGAGGCUUCCUAGAAUGGUUUCUCUGUUGGAGAUUUUAGCUUGAUUGACUCAAUGAUAUUGAAGAAAUUGUGGGUUUUGGUUUAAUAUUUCACACUAGGUUAUUGUUAAAAAUUAGCAUAUAAACAGUGACAAAUAAAGAAAUCCAGCCAUGUCCCUGAAGCAUAGGCAUCUGCAUGUGAGGACGGUGUCUAUCACACUUUCCCAUUGCGGAGCUCUGGGUGAUUCAUUCAGGCAGAUCAAGAGAGCUGUGAGACUCACCCUUAAGCAAGGAUACAUGUUGGUUGGUUGAAUAACUUCCUAGACUUCACUGCCUGUACCAGCUAGGACCUUGAUUCAGUUCUCAAAAACAUGCAAGUCCAGUCCCACAUGAGAUGCACUGGAAGACCCAACGUUUACUGCUGUGGCUGACAGUUACGGCACAGGAUCUCUGGGAGAUUGUGCCCUAUUGGAGAGUAGCAGGUGACCAGGACAGGUCCCUCUGCAUCCCAAAAGCUGCUAGAUAUCUUCACGUAGGCAACUGGACUGAAUCCUCUGCCUCCAUGAAAUAUAAUGUAAGUUUAGACCCUCAGCUCACAUAUAGAUUCCUACAGUAUAUGAUUAGGUGUCUGGGUCUGUCUUUGGAUGUCAUUCUUGGUUAAACUAAUCUCUACUCUAGGUAAUGUUUAUAUACACACUUCUGGCAUAAAUCAGUUAACCAUGGUUUAAUCAGUAUAUGUUUAGGGAUAUUGUUCUAAGCCAGUGUCUCAGAGUAUGCCUAUACUUCUAUACCUUCAAAGAAAGUUCAAUGUUCAGUCCAGCUUUAAGAUAGCUGUGAAAUGACUGAUGAAUUCUCCUGAACCACCCAUGCUCAUUGAUUUUGUCUUUACUGCACAGUGUCAAAACAUAAGCACACACACUCUAAGUAGUUUAUGAUGUCUGUCUCUAAACCAAUCUUUCAGGAUGGAAACAGUUUAAAGGGACUAAUAUACUACACUGAUAUAAAUUAUGUUUUCUUAGCAAUAUGAAACAGCCCGUAGGAAACCAAGUCCCUCUGGCAAAAGUUUUUCAGUAUCCAUGCUGACUUAUUUUAAAGCUAGACAUCUUUGGAUCUAGCUGCAGUGUGCAGUGUAGUCAUAUCUCUACACAAGGUAUCCACUUCAGUCUAUUGAUGAAUUGAGGGGAAGGUUUACCACUUCUGUUCUACGCUUUUCGUUCUGUCUGUGUACUGCACCUUCCAUAGCCAACAUUUCUGGCUGUACUUAGACCAAAAUACAUGAGAACAAUAACCUGGGAUGAGUUUGUACUGUAGUCAGCUUGUACUGUGUACUCCUGAAGGGACUACCUCUCAACAGUGACCCUUUCCAGAAAUUUAGAACUGGUAAUAUUUAUGAGAGUUCAGAGCAGUUGAAAUAUUGGCUAGAGAUCUUUUAAAUGGCUAAACUUCCACACACUCCCUAAGGAGCCGAGAUGGGGAUCAUUUCAGACCUGUCAGAGGAAGAUCAUACCUUAAUUGUACUUCAUUGCACUAUAAAAAAUGAGAAUUGUCCACUAGAUUUAAGAGCCUGUGGUAUUGUGAUCUGUGUGAAAUCUUAGGGGAACUCACCUGGGAUCUUACAAAGUGUAUGAACUAAGCUUGUGUCACUAACAAAGGUAGAAAUAGUCACAUAAAUGUGAUGGUUUCUGUAAUUGAUCUUUUCUAAAGGUAUCUCCAACUUGACAGGGAGCAUCUUUUCUGUGAGAUUUAUUCUGUAAUACAGUACACUCCAGUGGCUGCCUUCCAAAAAUACUGUCAUAAAUACGUGCUUAUAAAUAAGGCAGCUCCAAAUCACUCAGGCUCAUGACUCCAGCAUUUCAUCAAAAUAUAAAUACUACUUCAGCUGUGGCAUAGAUGCCAGCUUUCAGAAUAGAGCCUCUCUGAAACAUGAAGGACUGGUUACCUCUUUCAGUAGCAACCCUUACUCUAGCAGGGUUACACAUUAGCAGCUCAGCUUUAAAAAUUUUCAUAGUCUUUAAAAAAGAGUAUGGUAUGUCAUGGAGCGUGGAAUGACAUGGAAUUACAAUACUACAUUCAUUUGAUAAAAUCCGAAUCAGCCAGCUUCUUCUGUCACUUGCCUUUUUGCCAUUCAGUGGACAAGCUGUCCACAGAAGGGUGAUCUUUUCUUCAGUCUGUUUCAAAACUUUCACAGUUUUCACAGUUUUCACAGUCAUAGAAAAGUGAUAGGGACUCUUUAAUUAAGGCAAAAUGCAAGCUACCUCUCUACAUCUUAUUUGUAAUCUUUGGAAAGUUGUAGAACUCUCUGGAGUAUCCAGAAGUUUCCUCCACAGCAGGGCACUAAUUUGUGGUGAUUUUCCUCUUCCACUGACACUGGGAAGAGCAAGAACCUUACUGUUUUUUUCUCCUUGGGGAGUGCUUGAAAAUAUUCCCUUGGACAGCAUGAAGAGAAGGGAGGAGUGUGAGGAAUGAAAGCUUUGACCAACGCAGAUCUCUGCUAGCACAAGGGCAGAGGUGGUAAAUCGCCCAAAAUAAAUAAGGCUUUCCUACUUCAGGGCUGUUUACUUUGAGAAGGUGCCUUUUACUGUAGCUGGGUGAUGUCCCAGGGAAAACGGACACAUAGAACAGCUGGACUUCACUGAAGCCGGUAGUUUAGUUGAGUGUCCAGCCAGCGUUGCCAACCCUGAGAUAUAGAAAUGCAUCAGCAAUUCUGUGAAUUAUGCACCAAUACACUCUCUAAAUGAUGGACCUAAUGCUGAGGUGAUGACCUUGACUAAGUCCCUGUGGUGUUGCAUCUCUGGACUUGUGUCACAGAGGACUGUACUGGAGGGAUCACAAGGCAAAGUGCACAAACAUGAGAAACUGCUGAAGGUCCCAGGAGCAAGAUCAUAUGCACACUUCUGCAAGGUCAGUACUCUGCUGUACAGUUUUGAACAUUUGUGAAGAGUUGUUCUUUGCUAAGAAAGAAAAAUAUAGUUUCAAGCUGGAAAUUUCUGUCUGAAUUCAAUUUAAGGAUUAAUGGUUAACCCUAAUUAUCAACAGCUAGAUUGCAGCUUUAGAACAGGGAGUUGUGACAUCCAUGGUGUCAAGAAGGUAUCUGUGGAGCAUUAAGCUUGCCAUGUCAAGCCAUUUUCAGUAAUAUAAUAAUGUAUAUAUUUGGGUCCUGAUUCUAAAAGGUUUUAAAUGCAUGUGUAUCUUUAAAACAAACAGACAAAAACAAAACAAAAAAACCCCAACCAAACAAAAAAAGUUGAGUUACUAUAUUUUUUCCUUAUAUCACAGCAUCAUUUGUAAAUUAAUUGUAUUAACAUUAAAAUGAACAUGAAAAUGUUCUUCAACAGAUAUGAUACAAUAACUUGCAACAAUAAAACAUUUACAGCUUCACUUCAGAUAUUAGUAAAGUCUAUACCAUGAUACUGUGCUAGCCUGUUUGCAGGUAGGACACUAGGGGACUACAAAUUUCUGUGAAAAGUAUAAAUGGGUCAUGUAGAAAUUAAUGUUUCCAGAAAUAAGAACACAAUGUACCUUGCACAACAUUCAGAAAAGUAACAUGUCUGUGAAGACAUCCGUGACUGUCUUCAAAAGUAUAUUAAAAAAAAAAAAAAAGUUUGCAGGUCAAAAAAAGAAGUUAACAUGGUCAAUAUCUCUCAGGUCUUAUGCAUUCUCCACCUCUGUGACAUAAUUGGGAAGUAAAGGGGAAACCAGAGGGCUGGACUAAUAGUAAUGAGCAAGCAGAUGAGAGAAAACAGAGUUGAAAGAGAAUGUAGAUGAGACAGAGGAGGAAAAGAUGAGAGAAAACAGAUGGAAGCCAAAAGCCCAAUGAAGUGAGAGAGACAAGACUAUAAUGAUUUACACAAGACAUGGUGGAAAUAGUCUGGAUAAAAUAAAAAAAAAGAAACUUACACCCUGAGUCCCACUUCAGAAUUAAACAAAUCUUUAACAAGCUCUUAAAAAGGUUAAGGCAAAACUUUGUGAUUUUUUUGUCCUGGAAUUAAAAACAGAGAUACUACACCAGGAUAUUCAGAUACUGUUAGUGACUUUGCAUAGCUAACAUUGAAAUAAACAUCAAAACAUUUAUAAAUUUAUAUUAAGUGAACUUCAAACCCCUUGAGGUCUACUCUUUGCUAAUAUAUACUUCCUUUUAAAGCUGUACAGAACCUAAAACUGAAUGCAUGGAUAACAAGAUAAACAAAACCCAUCUUUCUUUACUUCCAUCCUACAACAUCAUCUUUUCUCGCAUUAGCCUGGUCUAAUAAUAAUCUUAAUUUCCUUAAUAAUAACUCAUUAUUUACAUUUAUUGUGAAUUAAAAGAAUUCUAAUUGGAUUUUUUAACUUAUGUAAGGAGAAUGUAGGAACUGUUAAAGAGAGUGCAAGUCUGAAGGAACUGUGUAUCAGGAUUUGGCUUCACUUGCAAUUAGAUAUAGAGUUAAAUUGGAAGAUGCAUGUGUACUCUGUAGCUGUCGAAGCUGUUGUAGCUGUACAGUAUCUUCAUGAAUUAUAGAAAUACUUAGUACUAAGUAGCAGCAGCUUCUUUAAGACAUUUUUGAGCUGUAUUCACCAAUAGCUAGCAAUCCCACUAAAAGGAGUUCUUAGAUUACAAGCUGGGGUACUUCUCAUUUCUUGGUUUAGUCACUGAUUUUUCAUUUUUUUUUAUUAUUUUUUUUUUUCCAUGAUCAGGUCAGAGUUCUCCUUUGGUGAUUCAGUGGAAUUUAAAAAGAACUGAGUUGAGCCACAGGGAAGAUGAAAAUAUCAGCCUUGUCAGGAUCAGCUUAUUUUUAAGUACUCUUUGCUCUUUCAUACUCCUAAUCUCUAUCAUUGCUUUUUUUGGUGAAGAAAGCAGUGCAAUAAGUUGGUGGGAGGCUGGCUUGGUUUGUGUUGUCGCAAGCAAGACUACCAGUUCUCAUUCCACAGUCAAAUCUCUUUAGAGAUAGAUAACUAUUUCCUACCUGACUGUGGAUUUCCACUUGAACUGACAGGCUGCCAGUGUCAGGACACAAAUUGCUGUUUGAGAUUGGAGUUAAAUUUCAAGAUUUACGAUUUAAAAGCCCAGACUUUUGCUAGAAUUAAAGAUUUAAAAUAAAAUAAAGAGUUUUUUAUCUAUUUGAAGGCUAUGGCAUCAAAUUCAAAAUUAUGUUUUUGCUACUGCAAUAUCUUCUUAGAGCUAUACCAGGUAAGUAAUAUAAAACCACAAAUCACUCAUUUGGCACUUGAUAAGAAAAUUCACUGCAAAAUACUUGAUUAGGAACAUCUGUCAAAUGUGCAGAGCUGGAUUAAAAAAGUACAAGACAUGAAAUGCCCAAUAAAUGAAAAGAAAGAAAUAAAAUUUUAAAUAUUAAUUGAUUGAUUUUUAAUAAAUUCACAAAAGUCAGAAAAAGUUGAAAUUAGGACUGCAAAAUCAAAAUCAACUUAGAUGAUGUGUAGACAGCCCUUCUGUAGUUAUCCUUAACAUUAUACUAAUUUAGAGUACUGUUUUUUCUUGCAAAGACUGAACUGUAUUACAGAAAAGCAAUACAAAGAUUACAGAUUUUAAUGUGUGAUUUUUUCCUUAGCUAUUCAUGUGGAAGGGCUGAUAAAGUCGUUUUUUGCUUAGAUGCCAAGAGUCUUCUAACCUUUCUUGAAUGGUUCACAACUUAAAAAUCUAUUGGAUCACCUCCCAUGUAUUAGCAAUGAUAGAAACUUUCUCCUAUUCACUGUAAUUGCACAACUCCUUAUGACAGGUUUGGCAAUUUUAUGUUGGAAGGGUAAUUUUAACAAAGAGUAGAUGGGAAGAAUGUGCCAAAUUUCUCAGCUGUUGUAAAUAUCCUUGUUUUUAUAGGUUGGCAACUGGAAUUGAAGAACUCACAGCAAAAAACAUCUUUCCAGAGUUUUGGGGACUGUUGGUAAUCCAAAGAUAACAGCAUGGAAAGUGCUGCUUUUGAACUAGUCCUUUGCACAGUUUACAAGCUCUGUUGGCAAUUUUAAGUAAGGAAUUUAAAAUGACAAAAGGAUUUCAUAAAUACAGGGUAACUUAUUUGCAGUAAGCACACUAAAGUCAAAUCCUUAGGAGAGAAAUGAUUAUGAACUCAUGAAAGGGCCAGAGAAAUACUUGGAAAAUGAAUGUUUUAUCAAAUACAUUUUAGCUUCAACAAAAGUUCAAGUGUUUGGACAGAGUGCAGAAUAUGAAUUACAUGAUAGCUAGAUAUUGUGUCAUCUAGAUAUCAAAUCUGGCAAAAAAACUUUUUUUCCUUUUUUAAAAUGAAGUUAAUUUGAAUGCAUAUUUGACUUACAUUUAUUACAUUGUUUUCUGAAACUUCUUAUUUUACUGAUUUGUACAAUCUAAGUUAUUAUUUUGACUGCCACUCUGAGAGAUAAGUGAAAAAAUUCCCAAAGCUAGAAGUGAAAAUCAUGCUUAGGGAUAUUUUUGUUGCUAUUUUCAACAUUGUAAAUUGAGACAGACAUUGAAAAAGGAACUAUGUGAUUCAGUUCAUUCUUACAUUUUCUGGAAGUUAUAAUCAAUCUCAGUUUCCAAGGCAACAGACUACAUGAGGAUGGACCAGCCAAUAAUGGGAAACAGCUUUCUCUUUUAUUACUGUAACAUAUGGUAGAAAAGUAAUUGGGGGGGGAGAGGGGGGAAGGAAUGUGUGUGUGGUUUUGUUGUUGUUGUUGGUUUUUUUGUUUGUUUUUGUUUUUGUUUCACGCAUAGAGGAGACUAUCCCAUUUGUCACUCCAAAUAAGAUCCAAAAAUGAUUAAAAGAGGUGUGAGCAGUUCAGUUUUGUAACAGAAGUGCAGAGACAUAAGUUCAUAGGAGAAAGGCAAAUUUAGAAACAUCAAAAUGUCAUUUUUAGAUGCUCUUCAAAAAAAUCCCCAACUUCACCUUGAUUUUUCCUCUGACCUUCUUCAAGGACCCUGGCAACACGAAGAGUUGGUGCAAGUGAUUGUAUUGGCAAAUGGAUUAGCAUUAUAUCAGUAUGAUUCUUUUGGGGUGAGUGGAAUUGCCUUUCUGCUGUAAAAUGCCUGGCAAAAGUCAAAGGCUUCUUCCAUGUGCACCACUGAAAGAGUUAUGAUUGAUCUAAGACCACAAGAAUUUCUACAUCUAUUUUGCAGGUGGCAAGUAAAAUCUAGAAGGAGAAAUGCUGGGUCCGUGAAGCCAAUGGAAGUUUAAGUAAAAUAUUAAAUCACAUCGUAGUACAUCUGCAUUAUCAUAUUUUGCAAGUCAUGUUAUUCUUGAAUUCUGCAGUGUUAUCUUCAAUCCCUGUUUUUCAAAGCUCUUUGGUUUUCCUCUUUUUCUUCUCCUCUCAGAUGUGCUAAAGAAAAACUUUAUGUCUCCACCAUUGUGUCUGUGAAUGGGAAUACAUAUCCUUUUUUAAUUAUUUAAGUUGCUCUGAAACAGAUACAAUCUCUUGAUCAUCUUGGGUUUUGUUUCAGAUAUUGUGUUAAUGCAGAUUCCAUUGCUACUUUUAAAAUUUUAUUUAACUUCCUAUUUAUGACAUUGGUUCCUUAAUACUUUUCCAAUAUGAAAAAGCUUCCCUUUGAAUUUCAGGUAUAGAACCCUGAUUUUUCAUACUACUGACAGCAGAAAAAAUAUUCCCAUUGUCCUUAACAAGUCAAAUUUGGCUUCAUAUUUCCCUAAGUCUUAGUUCCCUCCAGUCUUUUCUUUGACUUCACUCUGUAGGUUGUAUGUAUAGCUGUCUUGCAGGACAAGAUUCCAUAUUUUAAAAUGUUAGCCUACUUGAUGUUAUUCUCUGAACUAGACCGGUACUCUUCUUUGUGAGUUGAGUCCUUCUAGUCAUGUUCAAUUCAGUUAAUUUGUAAGCAUUGGCAUCCAAUUUUCUCUAUCUUUGGGGUCUCUUGUAUUUCCUCUCUCUUGUUGAGCAAAAUGAGUGUGAGAGGCGAGAGGGGAUAGGAGAAUACAAAAGAGACAGGAUUCCUCCAAGCUACCAGAGCCAACAUCAGAUCACAUUUCUAACCAAACAGUAGCUGAAAAUGCACCAGAAAAAGUUGUAGUUUCUAACACUAAGUGGAACACGGGGAUUAGUGCUUUAGCAUGAGCAUUUUCCUGCUCCCACAAGUAUCUUCUCUCUGAGAAUUUUGCAGGGAGGGUGGGAGGGGCAGGGACUGAAAAGUGCUUUUCUGGAUUACCUUACAUUAUCUGUAAAUAUUUCCUCUAAACCCCCACUAAAACUAUAUGAGUAUGGGUUCCAUUAAGUGGCAUUCGUUUGAGGUAAAGUGAGAAGACUUGAUGUUUCUGUUCUGUAUAAAACCUUGUGAAAUGAGGGAUGCUGUAUUUUUGGUUAUUAAAAUGGAGCCAAACUGGUCUGUCUAAAUACACGUUAGAGUAAUGGGAUGGUCCAAAGUGGUCCUGAGUCCAAUGACAAAGAAUGAGACAAACAAAUAGGCCUGAAUUUACUAACCACAGAAUUGCAGCACAGAAGUCUUGGAUACUGUUGCUGCCUGUAGCAUCAAUAUCCUCCUGCUUUAGAUCAGAGACACUUCCUGUUGGUUAAUUUGGUGUGGAUGUAAGAAAAGGUCCACAUGUUUCUUUUCUACCAAGUGUAUGUUCCUCAGCAAAAAAACGAGAGGAAGUGACAUAUGUCUGUAUCUUCUGUCUGAAAGAAUAACUUGUAAGAGCUGAAAAAUAAGAUUAACCAUAUGAGCAAUUUUAUGAAUAGCAUUACUUCAAAGGAAUAGUGACCACAUAAUAUAUAAUAAAAUCAUAGUGACUAUCAAGAAACUUGUGAAAUUUCUAUGUAGUGAUAAGACAGAAAACCACACACACAUAAGAUACCUUUAAAAGUAGUUAUGAAUAUAUGGAAGGAAACACAAGACAAAGAAAGAAGGCAUUUGCAAGAGAGGUGCAGAGACAUCUGAGGAAAAAAAUUAAAGCAACUUCAUGUACUUUGUAUUCGCAACCACAUUGACAAAUACAGCAUGUGAAAAAUUAUGCUUUUGCAAAUGGCCAUGACCUUGAUAAAUAACUUGAUUUCUGGAAAAUGUUCAUUUUCUUUUUAUUUAAAGGGAAAAAAAAAUCCCUUCUGGACAAAAUACGCUUCUCAGAAAUUUAGCAAUUUUUGUGGUAAAAGCAUUUUUCCAAGAGAUUUCUGUAUCUUUUAUGCACUGAAUCUAUUACUCCCAUGAAAAAGGCAACCUCUCCAAUUCAUCUCCCCAGGCAAUUUUUAGUAAGAUUUACUCUCCCUUCUUCUCCACAUCUCACUUUUGCAAGAAUUGAAAACCACUUUAAACGUCUAUAGUGAUCACCUCAUUGGUGACAUAAGCAGAUUGUUAACAUCACAAAAUUAGCUGUUAUACAAAUAAACACAGUAAAUUUUAGGUAAUUUAUUUUCCUCAUCCCUGAUGUUUGUCAAACUGUAUGUUACGUGCCCCACUGCACAGCUUUUCUAAAGAUUCUUCAUAAAAGAUGAAGGUAGAUUUUGGACCUACAGAGAAACUUAAUACUCCAGAGCCCUCUUCUCUUUUUAAUUUAUUCAGAACGUGACCUUUUCCUUCUUCUCCCCAAUUCCUCCAAUCCUGUGUAGUGUAAGCAAAGUAGGUACUACACUCUCUCUUAUACUGUUCUUGGAUUGAUAAGUCAUUUAAAAAGCAUUAAGUGUUCUAAAAAGACACAGAAGAUAGAACAGGCUCAAAAUAAUACAUUUUUUCAUAGACAUACCAAAUUCCUCAGAGAGAAUACCAUGCUAUCAUUCACGUUGUGAAUUCUAUAUAUGCAACACAUUGUGGCAAGUUUUUACCUCUGUAUUUAACUAUUUCUGAUAUUAUAACACUUAUUUUUGUCUUCUUAUGAACAAUCAUUACUGUGUAAUAAGAUCUACUGGGAACAGUGAAUAGUUUUGGUAGUAUCAUUCGUUUAUUAUGUCAACAUUUUAGGCCAAGUCCACUGACUUCUAUGAUAAAAUACUGUUGAAAGAAAUUACUUAGUAAAAAGGUGAAACUGAUAUUUAUUUUGUUAUAGAAAAUACUGUAGUAUACUCAGAUUUGAUAGAAAUGUAAUAUUUUCUAAGAAGCGAUGAAAAAUUCAAAGAAGAAAACUAAAAAAAAUAUACUUUCCCCUCCCCCCCCCAUGAAAUAAAAUAAUGACAAGAAAUGGGAACAGAAUUGUUUUUUUUCUGAUAGGAACACAUUACA